AUGACAGCCACAGAUGACAAGAUACCAGCAAACAGCUCCCAUAUUGAAGAGUUUAUCCUGUUGGGAUUCAGCAAUGUCAAUGUGAAGCUUCAGCUGUUCCUCUUUCCCCUUUUUCUCCUAAUCUAUGUAUUCACAUUACUUGGCAACCUUACUAUCAUCAUUGUGGCCACUUUUGACUCUUUACUACAUACCCCAAUGUAUUAUUUCCUACGUAACCUCUCUUUUCUUGAAAUAUGCUACAUAUCUGUUACCCUCCCCAAGCUGCUACAAACAUUUGUGGCCAAGAAGAAGACAAUCCCCUUCUAUGGUUGCUGUGUACAGAUGUAUUGCUUUUUCACCCUUGGUGUCACUGAGUGUUUCCUCCUAGCUGUCAUGGCAUAUGAUCGCUUUGUGGCCAUCUGCAAUCCCCUGAGAUACUUUUCAAUUAUGAACAAAACUACAUGCCUAAAAAUGGCUAUGGUUUCUUGGGUAUCUGGCAAUCUUAUUUCCUUUGGUCAGACUGCUUCCAUCUUUUCUUUACCCUAUUGUGGUCCCAACCUCAUCAACCAUUUUUUCUGUGACAUACCCCCAUUGCUGAAGCUGGCUUGCACUGAUGUUAGAGCUAAUGAGAUUUCAGUUUCUGUCACUGGCUUUUUAGUACUGCCACUACCUUUUUCUCUAGUGCUUUAUUCUUAUGGCCGAAUUAUUGCUGCCAUUCUGCGUAUCAGCACUAAUGCAGGGAGGAAAAAGGUUUUCUCAACCUGUGCCUCUCACUUUGCCUCAGUUACUUUGUUCUUUGGAACAGGUGCUUUUACGUAUGUACGAGUGAAGACCAGUGAUAAUCCUAAUAAUGACAAAAUAUUGUCUCUGCUCUAUAGCGUGGUAACCCCUCUGUUAAAUCCUCUAAUAUAUAGUUUACGAAAUCAGGAAGUAAAAGGGGGACUUAAGAAAAUAAUGUAUAAAAGUAUUGGUAUGUAA